AUGAGAAGAAGAGGAACAGAUAAAGGUAUAAAGAAGACUGUUGAACAUGAACAGAAGAAUAUCACUGAGGAGUUGGAAUCAGAGUCCUCUGACGACUCGGAUGUUGAAGAUCAAUCAAAGAAUGAUGCAUCAAAGAUGAUAGUAUCAUUGAAUAAGAGUCAUAGAGCUAUCAAGGCAUUGGCCGCAUCAUCAAGUUCAAAUUCUACUACAUCUAUAUCAGAUCAACAACAGAUACAUACACAUCUGCAACAACAACAACAUUUACCAGAGAAUCAAUCAUUGAUUGAACAACACAAGAAGAAGAUAUUAUAUACACUUAGAGAUGUUGAUCCAAAGUGGAUUGAUGAGCAACUCACCGAUGAUCAACAAGACGAAGAGGCUGCCGCAGCCAAGGAGAUGACAUCCAACCAAGCGUCACUGGCCAUAUCAAUGAGCAAGCGCAAGAGAUACCUCAAACAUAUACAGAUGAUGAUUAAUUAUAUCAUGGGACUGCCAAUGCAGAGUGUGCGUCUGUUCAGCAGGACUGCUGCCCGCCAAUUCAAGUUAUCGCCAUUACACAUUCACAACAUGCAGCAGGCUGGAGCAAGGAUCUUGCUCAGUAACGAUGGCCGUCUCUUGGCCAACACUCAGAACUCCUCCAUAGUCAUCCGUAGCAUCGAUGAUGACUUCAAUUCAAUCAGAUCACAAUGGGACAACCCCAAGCGAGACAGGGAGUCCCAAUGGCAACGAAUGUGCUUCAGUCCGGACAACAGUUUGUUGGCCUUCUCCACUAGCGAGUGCACAAUAUACAUCAUAUCAGUGGCUAAUGAAUGUCUGUUGCACAUCUUACCGCCAAGCGUACUUGGCCUCGAUGCCAAAGUUGGCAUUGUCGACCUUGCCAUGAGACAUUCAUCAUGUUCCCUCCUCAAGGAAACCUCCUCGUCUGGACCUGAAUGCAAUGAGUUGUUGAUCAUGGGAUAUGAUAUGAAGCUGCGUAGUUUCCAUGUUCCUACGGACUCGUCGACUCCACAUGCUGUGAGAACGAGUGAUCAUAGCGGUUGUAUACCGGGUUCACCAACCAUUGAUGUCAAUGGAGCUCAUCACGAGGUUGGCUGCAUGGACUACUGCGCCGAGACUGACAUCCUGGCUAUCGGAGGCAAUCGCCGCUCCAAAAAGUCGAGAAACUCCUCGAUCAAACCAUUCGUCUCGUUCUGGAAACUGACGGACCAGGCGCCCUACUUCAAACUGUUGAACGCGCCCAACAAGGAGUCGCUGGAGCAGAGCAUUGAUGGACUCAACUCUAGUGGAGGAUCAAUCGCCACAUCACCAUCACUGGAAUCACUCAAUCAACAACAAUCCGCCAACAAAGGAUUCACAAGCAAGCUCACGAGCAGGCUGACCAAGGCAGUGUUUGGACACUACUUUCCCGGCAUCAUACUUCACAAGAUCACAUUCUCCAAGGAUGGACAGUACCUCCUUGGACUGGACCUGAAUGGCGCCAUCACAAUGUGGAGCACGCCUCGCCCGGCAACCAAAGGCAAGACGCCCAUCGUCGUCAAGCCCAGCAAGACAUGGAACACUGUCGACCUUCUCAACAUUUGGGACAAGGCACAACCCAGUAGCUCCUCAUCCUACAUUCAAGCAAAGAGCGCGAUCGAUAUAUCAUGGUGGUCAAACGACCAGAUCAUCAUGGCCAAUAGGGUAGGCGAGUUUGUUAUAUUCUCAAUCACAACGAACGACAACUGUUUGGUACACAAUCACGAGCAGGUAUAUUGCUCACAGCCCCCACGCCUGACAAGAGCGAGUGGCGGCCACUUCUUCAUUCUUGAGACAUCGGGCUCAUUGCCCAAGAAGACCACACUGGUGUCAGUCACUCAAGACUAUUACAACCUCUACAUCAAGAGGGUCACAAUCGCCGCCUACAAGUACAUCUAUCGAUAUUUCUAUGGCGAUCAUCCAGACGACUACCAUCCAUUCGUAUAUCAAAUCAAUCGUGGCAAUCAACCUCAUGAUGACAUGGCCAUUGCGUCGCCCGACGACAACGAGCUGGAACAGAACAUCGUCAGACACAUCAUUCGAUUCCAAUCUACUACGCCCGAGGAGUUGUUCCUCGACAAGGUGGCACUGAAGGAGUACAAGAAUGCCAUCAUCAUCGCCGAGCUCUAUGGUCUGGACAAAGACCUCGUUCAUCAAAAAAGGUGGUCAAAGGCUGUUGUGUCCAAUGAGUCGAUCAGGUCCUACCUCUCCAAGGUGCACGACAUCAAUUGGAUUAUGUGGGAGUGCCACACAAGGAUACCAUCGACCUACGAGUCCACCAAGUUACUCCUGGAGUACGCACUUGAGAAGUCUGGAGAGUUCAUCAAUGAGAACUCAUCGCCUGACACACUAAAGGAACACGCCACAUUGAUUGUACAUAGAAACAUUGUUGUAAACUACCUGAAUCGGUUGGUGGCAUACAAGGAGAUAUAUGGAACGUCGUUCAAUGCACUGGACUUCCUCAGAUUCAGAGGCUGCAACCUGGUGUUGGCAGCAAUGGAGUACGCCAACUCUGAACACUUUAAGGCCAUCGAAGUGUUGUUCACGUACUACAGCAGACAGGUGCUGUCGGCUCGCCUGGCCAUCCUCUCCAUGAUCCCCGAGACAACCGACCCCAAUCAGUACGCCAAGCUGCUGCCCGACGUCAACUACAUUUGGCAGGAGCGCAAGCAGUUCAAGGCCGACUGGAGCCAGAGCAAGGAAAUCUUUGACAAGGCUCUGCCGGGCUUUGAGUACGAUCGUCGCACCGACUCGAACUACCUGUGCGAGAUGCUGGCACUCACCUACAGCCACGCUCAAUACGAGGACAUCCGUGGCAAGGACAAGGCCGAGGACAAGGCCGACAUCUACGCCCUCGACUAUGUACAGGUGCCCUUUGAUGACAGUGGGCUCAAGGCCAUCGACUUCCCCUCGCCACAGGACAUCAGCAAGUGGUACAUUGGUCGCGCUGAGGAGAUUGAUCGCAAGUGUGGCCAAAUCGACAACAGUCUCAACCUCAUACAAAUUGGCAUCAGUCUGGACGUGCCAGACCUGCUGACAUUCCAGGCGAUCCUGGAGCAGGUGGCGCUGGUCGUCUACGAAACCAACCAGGACAUGUCUCUGCAGCGCUACUUGGCCAUGUCACCGUUUGAGCGUCUCUCAUCGCUGCUCAAUGAUAGCACUACCGCGAGCAUCUACAAGGACAUCGCGGUCAGAACCACCUCGUUCAGGAGCCAGCACAGCGACACAUUCGACAGCCUGCUCGAGCAGUUCUUUAUCGAAAAGGCCAAGUGUGGCAAGAUCGCCCUCGUACGCUCAUACCUCGAGAGUGUCAAGAGCAAUGACUCAACGCGCAGUAAGAGCGCGCCUAUCUUGGCACUGGGCCUCAACUGCAUAAGGGAGUGCACUUCCGAUGGCAUUGACCGUGAGUCUAUUGCGCAGAUGGAACUCAUCAUUGCCGCACUGCCCGAGCGCUCAUCGAGCAGCUCGUCAACAACGCAACGCCUCUAUGACAUGCGUUCCGACUACUCUCGCUACAUCCAGGCCAACAAGAUACUGCAGGUCUAUGACCAGGCCCGACCCAUCCAAUACUUUGUGGAUGCCCAGGCUCAUCCGGACGACCCCGCUGCCGCCAUGCUCCAGGAUUUGUUCCGCCACGCCAAGAAAGCAGCCUUCAAGAACAUCGCGUAUCGUGCCAUGUUUGAGGACUUCCUCAAGGUCAGACAACUCGUGUUCUUCAACGCGGUACAGGCUAAUCUCUACAGCCAGUUUGUGCGCCAUCUUCUGUCCGAGGGCAAGUACUCACUUUCCAAGGACUACUUUGAGGAAUGUGGACCCGGACGCGUCGAGGCACUCAUCCUGGCGGCUGCCAAGGAGCUCUACAACUCUGCGCCCUCAUUCCACAGCGAAAACAUUACAGAAGCAGUCAUCUGUCUUGAGUUGCUAAAGCCCCCAACACAAAGGAUUGUGCGAGAGCUCAACUUGAUCAAGGCUUCAGAGCUGAUGUCCAAGUAUCAGUAUCCCAAGAUACCCCUGCAGGCUCGUCUCAUCCUCGACAAGGGCGUAGCCAAGACAACUCAAUCACCCAAGCAGCAGCAACAAAACAAGAAGGGCUCGACACCCUCGCCAUCAUCAUAUGACAUCAGCCCCUACGAGAAUCAAGGCCGCUUCGAACUGAUCAAAGCACUGUUGGACAACAAUACUGGAUCAUACAAAGAUAUUCGCGACAUUCGUGCCAUUGCCGCACUGCUCAGUCACUGGGUCGACGAUGAACAAGUCGAUGACUCGCUGCCCUACGUCGACGACGAGAUCAUUGUUUUGGUGAUCCUGGCACGCAAGGCAUUGGAGUGCAGCGACUACCAGGCAGCGUUUGACGUGUGCAAGGAGCUUAUGAAGAAGAACAUUCCCGCCUCAUACAAGGAAGUCAAUCGCAUCUUUGCCCGUCUGACCACAGACGACAGAUUCACCAAUCUGGACGACCGUAUGGAGCUGCUGUCGCACUGUCUGGUCACGUGCGAGCAGGGUGAUCUGACCAUGCUGUUGGAGCAGUAUCAAGAGCUGGAGCUCAGGCGCACACUCAUCACAUCCGCCAUAAUGUCGCCCAUCCUCCGCAGCAGCAACAGUGGAGACAUGUCACAAAAGACAGUGUUGCAGAAGUUUGAACAGGAUCGAUUGGCAUUGACAAGUCGCGUUCAUGAGUUACCAGAUAAUGAUGAGGCCAACCUUCAACCACCCUACAUUGAAGCUCACUAUUCAUUGUCAUCAUUGCUUGACGAACAUGAUGGCAAUGGCGACGAGGACGACGAGAAUGAUGAUGACCAUGAUGGACAUGAGGCACGUCUCGCUCGACAGAGAGAGAGAAUCUUGCAUGUUGAUCAACUCAUUGACUUCAUCACCAAUGGCACGACUGAGCAGCCUACUGAAGAGGAGAUUCAAUCAUUGCUCCGACAGCUCUCCAAAUACUCUUUGCACUCGGGUCAAAUGCAGAACGCUUUGGCCUACCUUUUCAUGCUCAAGGACCAGUCUAUAGUCGAUGCUACCUUUGAUCAUUUGGUCAACUCAUCCAAGAGUGACACCAACUUCCAAACCAGUCUCGAGCGAGUGACACGUCUUGCCUGCUACUACUACUCGGCAAGAUUGCUCACGAUUGUUGGCGCCAACAAUAAUAGCUCUCCCCUGGUUGACACGGCCGCGAUAUUCACAAAGCCCAUCGAUGGUGUGUUGUACUCUGCACUGUCCAUCGCCACUGACACCACCGACAGUGACACCAACUUGCACGCGCUGGCCCAAUCCGUUCUGAAGUACAGUCGCCUGCUUACUGACUCGGUCCAAGCCAAGGAGUUCUCAGAGAUCGACUCGAGCGUGGACUUUAGUCGCUUCAAGGAGGACCCAGAGUACAAGCGCGACACCAUCCUGCAGUUUGCCGCGACCAACGAUGCCAAGUCCUUCCUGACAGCGCUGACAUUGGCUGCGCGCUACAACAUACCACGCGAGGACAUACUCAUCCGAUACAUUCAAUGGAAGAUUAUGGAGGAUGGCUCUGGCUUUUCCCAACAAUGUUUGCUCAGCAGCGAAGACCUUGCCCUGCUGGCGCAAGACCACCAUGCCUCACUGGACGACAUAUAUAGACGCAUCGAUGGACACGACUACGAGCAACUCAAGUUCUACUAUGAGUUGUUGGAGCGCAUGGGCAGUGCUUCGUCCGAUGCCUCUGAGAAGUCACUCAUCAAGCACAAGAAGAACUUGUUGAGCCUGUUGCUCAAGUCCACAAAGUAUAUGAGUGGCGACAACAAGUCAUUCGAGCCACUGGACUUCAAGGCGAUGGUCGAUGACAGCACGUACGAUCUGUACCGCGACACACUUCAGGCGUGUCUUCGUGAGGACAACAUCACCUUCUGCUGCAAGCUGAUCAGCCAGCUGCAGAGUAUCAGACAUGGCGAUGAUGAGACCAUCCAGAACUACACAGUCAGCACAAUGUACCGCCAGCUCAUCGCCAAUAUUCUGAGCGACAAGUCACGCGACGUGAUCAGUGUCGUGUCCAAGCAUCGAAACAACUUGGACGAGCACGACCUGCUCGAUGUGUUUGAAAUGAUCGCCCUCGGCGAGUACUCGAACAGGAUGACUGCUCAGGAGCGCAUCGAUGUGCUCAACGUCAUUGCUGGCUCUAUCGCUCGCCACAGUGACACUGGCGUGCGCAUGAAGGAGAUUGUGGCACACCUCAACACAAUGAAGGCACUGGGUCAGCUGACAGACAAGUGGUCUCCUCCAGGCAAGCAGUUGCUCUGCGUGGACUAUCACAACGCCUUUGUCAAGUACAUCGCCGAGCACUCGACACUUGAGGGUUUGAAUGAGUGGAAGAAGGAACAGUUGGACACGCUGAUUCCCGAGCUCAUCCAGAAUCACAGAGCGGACGUCUCACCAAACACCUGCCUCAAGAUCUACAAGGUGAUCAGUGGCUCAGGCGACUCUGAUCAGAAGUCCAAGAUCAUGGACUACUACCUCAAGGAGAUCGAUGGCACACUUGCAGAGAUGGACAGCACCCCCAAAGACAAUCCUGCCUCGCUCUCUCAAUUGGCCCAUUCAUUGCAGAACUUGGUCAAGGCAUUCACCAUCGCUGCGACACCAGACUCAAACAAGUGGGAGGCAGACAAGCACAGACUGCUGAGUCCCCUGCGCGACUAUGCCUACAGUCCAUCACACUCUAAUGAGUCGAGGAUCUUGAUAUUCGAGUUGCUCAAGACAACACCAUCACUUUACAACGCCGAUCAGAAACAACUGGCCGAACAGGAUCACACCCAGCUCAAACAGAACAAGACCAAGGAGAUCAUACUUGAGACAUGGAAGGAUUUGUCUAUUUCAUUCGAGGAGAUGGACAUCACCACGCCCGAGUCGUCACGACCACUCUUCAACCGUCUGCUCGAGUCCAGCACCACUCUCCAGCACGUCUCCUACCUCUCUGAGUUGUUGACCAUGUGGAGCACCGUGGGCAAGCAUGGUGACGAUGAGAACAUUGAGUAUGGCGCGAACUCCACCGCACAUGUUCUGCACGACUGUUGGUGUAAACUACUGUUGGCAUUCAUUCCAUACUUCUCUGCUGGCAACACCAAGGCCAUCAAUCAAUUCCUUCGACUGAGGAUCGAUCAGUUGAAGCAGUUCCCAAUGGAACAAAAUGAGGAGUCGACCAUCAUGGACGCACUGAAGCCCGCAGACCAAAUCACCUUCUUCAAGUUUGGCCUGCUCUCCAACUACUCCAACAUUCAAGAUAUCGCCAUUGACUCUUUCAAGGAGUAUCUUGCAAGUACAUACCCGUCUGGCGCACCUCCCGCUGGUCAGUCUGUGACAAACUUCUGUCCACACACUGCCUCUGCCACCUCUGCGCCAUCACCGUUAUCAGACAAACUGAACACAUUCAUCAGAGAACAACAACAAUUACUUCAGAUCAUAUACUCGAAUGGAUAUAUACAUCGAUUCGUGGACACACCACUCUACAAUGGUCUGCUCAACAUAUUGUUGAUGUACAAGGAUAACGAACAGUGGGUGGUCAAGCUGUUCAAGGAGAAGGACAUUGCCACAUCGUUUGAGUACAUAGUUGGAUCGAUUACAAAGGCUGGCCAUAUCAACGAGGCAGCCUCAUUAGUGCUGUGGUGGUAUGGCAUGCAUACAUCUCUCCAGACUUUGAACACUGCUCUUCUCUGCUUGAACAAGUUUAUCAAUGGCACCAUCAGGUGUAUUGGCAACUAUCUUUCCAAAGCUGACCCACAAUCAAUCAAACCAGAUCGACUUGGAUACACAUGGACCAAUGUCCAAGAGUUAUUGGUUCAAGCCAAACAAGUACUUGAUGAAGCGAUCACAACCAAUACAGCUUCUGACCAAACUGACCAAAGCGAAUAA